AAUUGGGGUCGCAAUUUUUGUGGGAUUUGAAUUUUUGUUUGAAAAUUAGUGUCGGUUUUGGUGUUGAGGUGGUCCAAGUGGCUUUUGCAAGCUUUUACUUUCGACAACGUUCACGUUUAUAACCCAAUAUUGAAUUGAAAGCGUUUCGAAACUUUUUUAUUUUGAAUACCUUUGCAAAGGUUUCUUGCUUUUUGGCGGGAAGUCGAUGGCCCUCGCAGUGCUAUCGUUAUUUAUCAUCUCUAAUAGAAACAACCAAUUAGAACAUUGAACGAAAAUUUAAACAAAACAAAAAUUAGUAGCAUAGCAGUCUUUUGAGCACACAUUUCGAUUUUCCCAACAAAAUUCCCCGUAGCUAACACCGAUGGAUGCCACUUGUAGGGCUAUGGAGCAGCUACUGGCGGCCGUAGAGCUAAGCCGGAGCCAAAAUGAGGACACUACGCCCACGGCCAGCACCACCAUAUCGAUCUGGAGCGACCCUUCCGAGGGCAGUGCCCCUGGUUGCGCGGACCCCGCCUCCUUCCGGUUUCGGCUGGAUGGACAAGCCAUACUACCACCACUGAUCACUAGUGCCAAGAGGCGCGAGGUGCAGCUUGCCCGCCAGAUGGCUUUGAAGUUGGAGGAACGCUACCGCCUGGCCAGACACUCGGCGGGAUCCGACAUGGCCGGUCGGCGGAGCCUGCCCCAGCUGAAGCAGACGGAGACUUUCAUCUACGACAGCACUCGAAGCCAGACACGUCCUCAGACUCUUGUCCUUGACACUCAGCUGCCCACCAUACAGGUUGAUCCUCCCACGCCCCAGCCGCCGCUGGAGCCAGUGGAGAACUUGUCCCCCAGGCGGCACAAUCGAAUUACCGAACGCAUCCUGCAGUUUGAACAGUCGGGACUGGGUAAACUUUUACCCAAAGUUCAGGACAAGAGGAUCCUGCGCUCUAGUACCAGUCCUUCGAUAGUUGAGUGCAAUGAAAAGGAGGUAAAGAAAACGGAGUUAGGGUCCUUACAGCCAGGUCCAGCUAGUUUUCAGCGCUCACGGAGCUUCACGCUGGAGGAGCCUUCUCAAGUUCUUGUGGAGCAUAUGCAGCGGGAGGCCCAGGCGGUCAAGCCUAGCCAGAGUUUGGUGAACUUUCAAAAGCAGACCAUAGAGUCCCAGGCCAAACGGGUGAAUCGCAGUGUCAGGUGUAAGAGCAGCAACACCACAACAAACACUACAACCACCGGUAGCAGCUGCUCCAGGAGAGAUCGUGAGGUGGAACGUAUAAUAGAAAGAGCGUUGGGUGAACAUGGCCCUCUGGAAGCUAGCCGGAGAGCAGGAGUGCGCAACUACCUGCGUAGUCACCGGGAGCGGAUGAAUCAGUUGGUCCUUUACCAGGAAGAGGAGCGUCGUCGCAUGCAGACGCAAUUUGAUCAACAGCAGCGCCAACUCAUUGAGGAACUGUGUGCUGAAAUUGAUGUUUCAUCGAGCACCGAAAAUCCUGAUGGUCUAGUCUCGCAGAGUACCAGUACGGGAGACCUGCAAUGUGGCCUAUCCACCCCUACAAUGUCCUCCUUUUCGAAUGCCACGCCACGCAGCUUCCAACAUCUGGAUGAUUUUCUCACGAUGGAAGACAGCUGCCGGAUGGCAGCUCCUUCUUCCGCUCGAAAGAGGUUGUUCAGUCCGAAAUUAUCUCUGGGCUACGACUCGGAACCGCAGUUGCUAGGGGAGAUAAGUACUCCCAGCACACCGCGAUCGUUACCACUCAGGAACAGCAGCUUAACCAAUAGUAGGCGAAGCGGGCAAGUUGUCAGGAGACGAUCGCAAACCGUGGGCAGUCCCAGGAAAUCGAACAUUGCUGCUGGUCGCGAAGUGAUCAAAUCACCAGCGAAGGUUGGUAGUGCAGUAGGACGACCAAAGGGCUCCCCCGCAAACGCCAGCUCCACUCCGUCGAAAAGGGGCAACGCCCCAACAAGAAGCAGCUCAUCCCCCAAGCAACUGAAGAAUAGUCAUACGAAUCUGGAGCAGGAAGAGCGACAGUGGGCAGCCACGCGUAUAAAUGCAGCAGUGCGGGGGUUCUUGACCCGCCGGCUCUUUGCCACCGAGCAAGUGCAGCGUAUAGUCCAGACCAUCAGGGACACCUUGGUCUUCGUGCUCAACCUACAUCUUGAAACCUGCGGAAACGGCCUGGAAGCAGAGGAGCCCGCUAAUCUGCGCCUUAAGGCGCGACUGCUUCAACAGCUCUGCACGGCCAGCCGCACGCUGCAUAUGAUCUUCUUUCAGACCAACACAAAGGAACGCUUGGAGAUCAUCGCUCGGGAUAGAAAGAGGAUCAAGACCAAACUCCUCCUCAAACACAGCUGAUCAAAUUCAAAUGUCGUAGUUUUGAAGGCAAGAGGAAAUUCUAAUCUAAACAUUCCUGCCCUGAAUAAGUACCUAUUUUAUUUUUCUACAAUCAGCAAAGUUUUAACUUGAUAUUGAAUGAAAUAUAACAAGUACGGAAAAUUUGUAACUUAACUAUGAAAAAACAAGAUAAAAUAAAGGGCAGUUCUCUAGAAAUUUA